CACGGCAGGCGGAGCUCAAUCCCCUCUGGCCUCUACUCCAAGUCGACGCCCAACCUGCCCACGCUGGGCGGCUUCAAUGGCGAGGGCCACGACGCGCACGACGUGAAAUCCCCUCGACGGACCGCGACCCGCCCGGGCCCAAGUCCGCUGUCGCCGGCAUCGAAUGGUGGCCAUUCUGAGGCGGCGUCAGACAACCACGACGCUGACUACGACGACGAGGGGGCCUUUGCCGUGCGCGAUGGGCAGAGCGACGACUCGUGCGAGGAUGACGACUCCGACUCCGACGACAACAGCAACAGCAACAACAACGUCGAUGUGCGCGCCGCUCGCGGCCUCUACACGUCCAGGUCGUCGUCGCAUCUGCCCCAGCAUCCCGCCACGACGCUCUUCCCGCCCUUUUACAACCGCCCGCCCAACCCUCUGCCGCCGUCGCCGUCGCUGACCUCGCUCCUCCGCCCUGCCUUCAGCCGCCCGACAUCGCGGCCGACGACGCCAGACUCGUCCGAUGUCGACACGUCGGGCAGGGCUGGCUCGCACAAGAACGGCACCAGCACGCCCACGUCCAACACGACCAACCUGGCCAACUCGGCACGCCACGCCCCGACGGUCCCGCGGGCGUCGCCAAAGGUUCCCACGUACGAGUACUACGGCUUCGCCCUGUAUCUCGGCAGCUCGGCCGCCUUUCUCAUGUACAUCCUCUGGGCCUAUGUGCCCGCGCCCAUGCUGCACCAGAUGGGCAUACACUACUACCCCAACCGCUGGUGGGCCCUCGCCGUGCCGUGCUGGCUCGUCGUGCUCGUCGUCUACAUCUACGUGGCCCUGGCGAGCUACAACACGCGCUACCUGACGCUGCCGCUGAGCAGCUGCGAGAACCUGGUGGACGAAUGCGCCCAGAUUGCCGCCGUCGACCGCACCACGCGCCAGAUUGUGCGCGACCCCAUCCUGCUGACGGACAGGCUGCACCAGAGGGACAAGGACAAAGACACUAGACCAAGUGCGCCCCCCAGCCGUCGAGGCUCCUUUUCGGCCUACCAGUUCGACGCAUCACAUGACGUCGACUGGAAGAGCCUCUGGAGCAUAGGCACCGAUGCCGUCAUGGAUGUGCCCAUUGGCGGCGUGUGCGAAAUACUCUACGGCAGCGAC